AUGAGCAAGAUCGCACUGGCUUCGAAAGUGGCGUGGCACGUGGUGGACGCCAAGGGACAAGUCUUGGGUCGCUUGGCGUCCCAGCUGGCGCCCAUUCUACGUGGCAAGCACAAGCCCACGUACGCGCCCAACGUGGACUGCGGGGACUACGUGGUGGUCAUCAAUGCCAAGGACAUUGUGCUCACGGGCAACAAGUGGAACAGUAAGUUAUAUCGCUGGCACACGGGCCACCCGGGCGGGCUCAAGCAGCGCACGGCCAAGGAGCUCUUUGAGCGCAAGCCGGAAGAAGUGCUACGCAAGGCCGUGUUUGGGAUGCUGCCUCGGAACCGCAUGCGGGCGCUGCAAGACAAGAAGCUCAAGAUCUUUAUGGACGACCAGCACGAGUUUGUCGACCAAGUGGGUGAGAAUCCCGUGAUUCUGUAG